UGAUAAUGAAGCUGGAAAAAACAUCAAAUUAUUUACAGGGCCAUCCAUUGAUCUGUUUAUUAUCACACACCUUCUACCUUCCCUACCUCAUCAAUCAGGCAUAAUAAAAUUUAAUCAGGUCACCUGGUGUCAUCUAGGACAUGGAUAUAUCCAAUCCUCGCCGGAUAUUGGCCGUAUCCUUGGCAGAUUCAGUCCAGCACCUAACCAGGGUAAUUAAAGAUCUCACCGGAAGUUUUCCCGAACAGGAAUCAACUUCACUAGCUGGCUCAUCACAUAACCUCACCCUCAAGACUGCAUACUACACAGCCGAAGUACCUAUAUGGCUGGAUCUUAUCUCAUCCCCAGACGAGUGGGCGGGCUCUUUUCUAUCCCCCGAAGCCAAAGAAGUCCUUGAGGCUCUCGGCGGUUUCAUUCUCGUCUUCUCAUUACCUGUCAAGUCACAAUCAGAUGAAGGCAAAGCUACGCGCGACUUCAUAGAGAAAGUCGGUAAAGUCGUUCAAGAUGGACUUGGGGGUUGGAGCUGGGACGGAGUGGGAUUGUGCUUGGGCAUAGGAGAGACCGACGAUUUUGAUGAGUGGGAAGACUUCUGUAGUGCACGGUCUUUAGAAUACAUACAAGUGAGAAGUCAAUCUACACCAACACGGAAUGAAUUUGGAGAAAAGACUGGCAUACCCCGCGCACUCGAGGCAUUGGAAGCAAAUGACUGGUCUCAAGCAGCAGCCGCUCGCGAAUCCGACUUAGAAGACUUCGAGGCUGAGUUAGGUAUCGAAAAGGAUACUGAUGGCAAAGAAAAAGACGACCCCGGCUUGGAGCCCCUAGUGGAUUCUACACUUUAUGAUUUCCUUGUGACGAAAGACGAUGGAAAUGCUGGCGGUGAUGAUUCAGAGGAAUUGAAUGAUGAGGCGAUACAGAAAUUAGAAGGCAUGAUAACCAAGCUUCAGGUUGUUCGCGAUUCGAACGCUGGUUUGCCUGAAGACCAGCGCAGACGUGCCGCUGCGAAAGCGGUGGCUGAGGUUAUGAAGGAGAUUUGAUGAAAAGCUACAAGAGGCUCUUAGAGACGUGCACGAUCUAUACCUACCUGGGUAUUUGUUCGGAACCGAAUAAGAAUAUAAUACUUGACUGUAUGUAAUGAUGAUUCAUUUCUAUACGCCGUGGUAUCUUCAGGGUUUAUGUUAGUAAGAUCCCGCGAGGCUCGGUACUCGGUCAUGCUUGCUGUUACUUACGAUUAAAAAUAGAGACGACGACCCAGGUACCUAUGUUUGCUAAUGUAACGAAAGUCGUUCGGUUAACAGUUUUUGCUAAUUAUAUCAGAGUACUAUGAUUCAUCGUCUGGGUUUGCCCUAUUGUAUCCACUGGCCGUUUCAUGCCCAUGGCGCCGGCACAUAAGAAGCAAUAUAGCUAUUGCCGCGCCACACCGGUAGUGUUAGACCCAACUCCGUCUCCCUUGCUUUAGAUAGGCGGUUAGAUCCAUAGAAAAAAAGCUUUCAAUUCAAGUCAACUUUGGAAUAUUAUUUGCUUUAUUCAUCUUUCUAAAGGCUGGGCGGUUACGA